AUGGUCUUCUUAUAUAAUCAAAAGACAAUAUUAUUAUUCAUCAAAAUGAAUAACAAAAUCUUCUUAUUUUAAAACACAAAUACUUUGGCUCAAGCAUUAACCAAUAAAAUACAUGAAUUGGAGUACCAGUCUAAAAAAGGUACCAAAUAUCCUUUUGGUAAUAAUGAAGAAUUUGUGGGGAUUGGGUAAAUGAUUUUAGAGUUUUUUUUCUCUGAUUACUUGAUUUAAAGAGGGUAGGUAUUUAUGAAAUUACACAUAGUUAUCCAAAUAAAGAAACUUAAAUAAAAAAGUCAAGUGAUCUUGUGUUGUUAAGACAAAGACUAUUAAGUGAAAGGAAUUUGGCUGAUAUAGCAAUAAGCUAUAAGAUUGAUAAUAUUGUUUAAGUAGGAAAUUAGAUCAACUUAAAGUAAGAAAUAAUGUACAUAAUAGAAAAAACCCUAAAAUACUUGCUGAAACACUUAAAUCAAUCAUAGCUGCCUAGUAUUAUGAUUCUGGUUAUGAUUUAGAUCAUUUAAGAGAAGUUGUAUAGCCUAUACUCAAAUAAGUUUUGGAUAAGUAUAAAAUAUAACUACUAAAAACUUAGAGGAUAAGCAGUGCCUUUAGUGGAGCUUAAAUAGAAUCCUAAAUCAGCAUUUUUAGAAUUUGUGAAUAGUUGUACAAAUUUGAAACCAAAAGUAUCAGUUGAAUGGAAGAAGGAUGCUUCUUAGAAUGGAAACCCAAUCAAUGUAUAUUAAGUAUAAUUGGAAUUAAAUAAUCUAUUAUUGAUAAAGAGGGAGGGAAUUAAUAAGAGAAACACUGAAUAAUUAGUGUAUAGAGAAGCAUUAAAAAGACUUAAAUAGAUUUAAUUAAACUAAUCAUAUUCAUAAGGCUCGCAAAAUUAAUCAACUAAAACAUAAGAUAAAGAAUCUGCAGAAGAAAUUACUAUAUUAGAUGAACUAGAAACUUCUAUUAUAGACUCCAGUCAAUUUUUUUAAUUUUCUGAUCUAAGAGACAAUGAUCUAAGUUUAGUAGAAAAUUAGGGAACUUUAGGAUAAAAAGUAGAAACUCUAUUAGAACAAUUUGCCUUAUGA